AUGCCAGCUCUCGAGGACGAUGUGGAGGGUUGCCUCGGGCGCGGUGAGGAUCUCAUCAUCGCUGGGCAGAGACUUGCUGAGCGCGGCAAGCUGGGUCAGGCAUACGAGUCCUACUGCGAGGGGAUCCAGCUGCUUCUCAAGGUCAUGCCGCGUCUGUCCGAGGACGAUCCCCGUGCCGGCCCACGCAUUACGCGCCUGCGGGGCAAGAUCAGCAAAUACCUCGAAGAGGCCGAGACCGUGAAGGAGCGGCGGGAUGAGCAGAACCGUCACGACAAUGGUCGG